AGGACAAACUAUUGGUACCCAUUGAAAAUCAAGUCUAAAAUGAAGAUCAGAAACUCGUUCGCGGUAUUGCGGCCAGUUUGUUUAUUCAUUGUCCCGAUAUUAAUGGUGGUGUUGCUGCCCGGCUUGAUAAUUCCCUUCUGGAUUAGGAUUACAAUGAUAAAAAAUGAAGUGAAUUUAAUUUCUUACAACAUCAGUCAACAACUACUCUCUGCAUUAAUUGAAAACACUGCCUCAUUGUUUGAUUCAAUCAAUGCAUCGUCUGUCAAUUUAGCACGAUCUUUAAGCUCAUCGUUGGAACAAGAUGAACUGCAAUUCUCAAAGAUUGAAUCCGAGGUGGCGUCUACAUUAUUUCUAGCAUUAUCAACAAUUCCUCACCUAUCACAGAUUUCAUUUAUCUCAUUAAACGGUUUGUUCUUCGGGUACUAUACAAGAGGAGAUAAACUAUUUGCUAUAUUUUCCAACUCUACAUUUUCUUCCACCGGAAAUGAUACAACAAAGUACAGUUGGUAUACUCAGGCUGCAAGUCGUGAGACUGGAAAACUAUAUGGUGAAUCAAUAAAGUUACCUCCUUUUGAUGUAAUCAAUUCAAGUUGGUAUCAUGAAGCAUUGAAUGGUACAAAUGGCUAUGCUUCCAUAGGAUCCCAAUGGGAAAUUUCUCAAGAUUCUCUAUUUCUCAGUACCACGGGUAUGAAUGGAAAAGGGGUAGUGUCUUUAGGAUUUUCAAUGAAAUCAUUGAUUAAUUUCUUCAUUGAAAUAACUUUCUAUAAUGGAAGCUUAUAUCUUGGAACAAAAGAUGGGAAUGUACUCACUGGAGGGAUUCCAAAAACUCGUAUGAUCUUGAAUGAAAAUCAAGUUUCAUUUCAAUUACUAAGCCCUAAUGGUGAUGAAGUUGGAACUGUUGGAAAUGUAAAGUGUCGGGCCGAUGAUGGUACAUUUCGAACCUCUACAUUAAGCAUAUGGAAGAAGAAGUAUGUGGUUAACUGUUCACCAGUUGAAAUUGCUGGAGUGAAAUUGGUAUAUGUGCUAGCUUUACCUGAAAACUCUGUGGCAGUUGUCAUUCACAAGAACAUAAAAUUUGCCUUCGUGCUACUUAUGCUUAUCUUCGUUGAUAUGGUCAUCAUCAUAUUCACUUCUGUGUCAUUGAAUGUUCGAGCUGCAAUACGAGAGAUGGAGUUAUGUAUUGCGCUAAUAAGGCAAAAGGAAUCGACUGAACAAGCGGAAAGGAAGAAUGUGAAUAAGAGUCUUGCAUUUGCUAGUGCUAGCCACGAUGUACGCGCAUCUUUAGCGGGCCUUACAGGUUUGAUAGAAAUAUGUAACUAUCAAGUUGUGCCUGGAUCAGAAUUGCAGACAAAUUUGACACUAGUGGAAGCUUGUGCAAAGGACCUUUUAGGUUGGUACAGUUUCAGGAAUAAUAUUUAUGAGCAAGUUUGGCUAAGCUUAGCCCUUGUUUGAGACCCAUUUUUUGGGAUAGAAUGAAUUUUUGAAUAUU